AUGGAGAUUGAGGUCGACGAGGACCUUUUGCGGACGGUCGCGACGGGUGGCCAGAUGGACUACGGUCUGUGGCCAGCCCUGUCGCAAGGAAUCAUCUCGAGGCUUGAUAAGAUCGCUCACAAUGAAUUUCCCAUCCCGAACCUGCCCACCCCUCCUCAACCCAUUAACGCGUCAGGCCAACAACCACGACUCCUCUCGCCGCUCCCUUCCUCCUCCAUCGAGCCCGCCAGCAGCCUGCCCUCGUCGCAGGACGCCGACAAGGAGAACAGCAAGCCGAACGCCCCAUCAUCGUCAGCGGUCCCCGCCGAAAACGAAGCCACCAACACCACCGCUGAUGCAUCUGCGGCGGCCGCCGCCUCGGGGUCUCUCCCGGCCCAGAUCGCAGCCAUGCUUGACGAGAUCAACUCCGUCCUGUCGACCUUCCCCAAGUACCCGCCGCACACGAUCCAGCGCCUCGCCGAGCUCGUGCUCGAGCCGCGCCGGCACUACCGCCACCUGGCCUCGUACCUACACGCCGUCGACCGCGUCGUCCACGUCACCAGCGGCGCAAACACCUACCCGCUGCCGCCCGCCAUACCUGACAUGGCCACCAUGACCCUGCUCUCCAACGGCAGCUCCAACGGCCAGGAGAACCCGGCCGCAGCCGUUGCCUGGAGCAACUCGACAAACUCGGUCGCCUCGACCGUCGGCACGGACGAGGCCCUUGGCGGCGCCCUACUAACCCCGAUUCCCUGGCUCACCCGCCGCCCGAGCCCGGGAUCAUCCUCGCCUGGCUCCUCCAACGGGGGCGGCCCGGCCGAGAUUCGCACCGAGUCGACGGAGACCAUCGACGGCCCCAACGGCGUCGGCAGCAUCGAGACCGUCAGCGUCAGCGUCAACGGCAUACCGUCCAUGGGUGCAAGCAGCAGCAACCGCGCGAUAACACAAGGUGAGUUACUGCGACAAGAGCAGGAGCAGGGCGUCGUUCCAGUCAACCAACUCGUGCGACAAGCAGAAGAAGCACAACACGCCGCGGCCCUGCGAAGCGGGGACGGCGGCAGAGCCGGCAGCCCCGAGAAGCAGGAGCAGCAGAAGCAGGAGCAGCAGCAAGAAUAUGCCGCCGGCGCUGCUGCAGCUGAAGAAGAGAACGAGGUUCCGCACGCUCGCGGACCCGAGGAAAUUGGCGUCGGCGAUCUUGGUCCGCAGAGCGAGACGACGAGCUUCGUCGCUGGUGGGCCCGGCGUCGAGAUGCAGGGCAUCGACGUCGAGGCCGCCGUUGGCCGGAAGGCGGAGCAGACGCACGCCACGCCUCCGUCCGAGGACGCGGAAAAGGAGGACGCCGCCGCCGCCGCCGCCGCCGAGGACGCACUCAUCGAGGCAGUCGCCGACGACGCGGCGUCCGACACGAGCGUCACGUCGCAUCCCAAGCGCGACGCUGACGAGGAGCUCGACGGCAUGGCGAGCAAGAAGGUCAAGGAACACGACGGCGACGUGGCCGGGGACGCGUCCGAGGCCACGGUCGGCUCGCCGACGAAGGGGGAGGAGGAUGGCAAGGAGGAACCGGCGGGGGAGAGGGAGACUGAAGCCGCCGAGGUCACGACUGGAGACGAGGACAAGGCCGAGGUCAAGACGGACGAAACUGCGAACGAGACCGAGACGAAAACGGGGACGGCGGAGACGGAGAGCUGA